GGACGGGGAGGAGGCGGCCGAGCAGGGGCUCCGGCUCUGCUCCGCGGAGCUCCGUCCCCCUCGCCGGCUCCGCUCGGACGCCGGGUCCCUCCCCGGUCCGCGGAGGAGGAGGAGGGGGGAGGCCGGAAGCGCCGGGGCCGCUUCCGGCGGAGACCAUGAGCCUGGAGGCGAUCCGGUACCGCCGCGGCUCCCUCUCCAUCCUCAACCAGCUGCUGGUGCCGGGGCAGCUGCGCUAUGAGGCGGUGGACGGCGUGGAGCGGGCGUGCGAGGCCAUCCGGGCCAUGGAGGUGCGGGGGGCCCCCGCCAUCGCCCUGGUGGGCUGCCUGAGCCUGGCCGUGGAGCUGCACGGCGGCGCCGGGCCGGCGGGCGACGCGGCGGCCCUGGAGGCCUUCGUGGGCGAGCGGCUGCGGCGCCUGGUCGCGGCGCGGCCCACCGCCGUCAACAUGGCGCGGGAGGCCGAGCGGCUGCGCGUCGCCCUGCACCGCCGGGCCCGCGGCCCCGGUGCCACCGCCCAGGAGCUGCGCGACAGCGUCAUCGAGCACGCGGAGGCCCUGCUGCAGAAGGACCUGGCGGACAACCGGAGCAUCGGGGCGCACGGCGCCCGCCACAUCCUCCAGCGCGUCCCCCACGCCGGCGUCACCGUCCUCACCCACUGCAACACGGGCUCGCUGGCCACCGCCGGCUACGGCACCGCCCUGGGCGUGGUGCGCUCGCUGCACGCCCAGGGCCGCCUGGCGCGCGCCUACUGCACCGAGACGCGGCCCUACAACCAGGGCGCCCGGCUGACGGCCUUCGAGCUGGUGCACGACGGCAUCCCGGCCACGCUCAUCGCCGACGGCGCUGCCGCCGCCGCCCUGCGUGAGCGCGGCGUGCACGCCGUCGUGGUGGGAGCCGACCGGGUGGCCGCCAACGGCGACACGGCCAACAAAAUCGGCACCUACCAGCUGGCGGUGGCGGCGCGGCACCACGGCGUCCCCUUCUACGUGGCGGCCCCCACCACCUCCUGCGACCCGGCGCUGCCCAGCGGCGCCCACAUCCCCAUCGAGGAGCGUCCCGCCGCGGAGCUCACCGACUUCCAGGGCGUCCGCGUGGCUGCCCCGGGCAUCAACGUCUGGAACCCGGCCUUCGACGUCACCCCCCACGAGCUCAUCACGGGCGGCAUCAUCACCGAGACGGGGGUCUACGCCCCCGGGGAGCUGCUCCAGGCCCUGGUCGCGGCCCGGGGGGACUGAGCGGGGUCAAUAAAGCCCUUCGCGGCGGCA